AUUCCAUCUCUGCCCCUGUUAUUAUGAAUCACAUGGAGAUUAUUUCCCUUUCAUUUCCCUCCAGAGAAUUUCCCAACAAUCUCCAAGUCCAAGAACUACUUGAAUUAUCCAGGGAUCCCUCCUGAGAGGGAGAAUUAUGAUAUAAGUUUCAGCUCUGCUGUUGGGCUGAAUCCUCCAGGGGAGACUUUGGGCAGAGGAAUAUGGAGUUUUGGGACAGGCAGAGUCUGUGCUCUUGAAUCUACGUCUCUCUCCCAUCCAGAUGAAGCUGAGUGUUUCUCUGUGUUUGAAGAAGGAAAGCAACUGGAUCAUAUUCCACCUUAUGAGAGUCCUUUGAAUUCUUCUAAUUCUUCUUUAGAAACAGGAAAGAGAUUGAUUGAUUCACCCCAUGAAUUAUGGACCUCCUGCUUCUGCUUCUGAUGCUGCUUUUGUCCCAUUCAGUCUCUGGGAAGCUGAGAAUGAAAUGCCCGCUGAGUUUGGAGAACCAGGAUGGAAAACAACCACAGAGCUUUUACAGCCCAGGAGACCAUCUAAUCAGUAUAGUCCUCACUGGAAAUGAAAUAUUGCAUACAAAGUUGCUUUUCAACGUGGCUCCUUCUCUUCAAUUUGUUUUCCAUGAUCCGGAUCUUUAUGGUUUUUCAUAUGGCUUACUAUUCAUUUUCAACAUUCAAACGGUCAACAAGAAUUCCCAGCUCCUGCACAAUCUCACACUUGGCUACAACAUCCAUAACAACUAUUUGAGUACUUUCCACACUUCAGAUGCCUUGCUGGACAUGCUCUCCACUGGAGAAGCCAAUGUCCCCAACUACAGCUGUGGAAGGAAGGACAACCUCCUGGCUCUGAUUAAUAGAGCUGACAGGGAUAUUUCCAUCCAGAUGUCAACAUUAGGAGGCACCUACAAAAUCCUGCAGAUCAGUCAUAACAUUGUUUCAGAGGCUCUGAGUGAUAAAAGUCAAUUCCCCCUUUUCCACCAUAUUCUCCCCAAAGAAGGAUUCCAGUACCCAGCAAUUGUCCACCUGCUCCUCCAUUUCAGAUGGACCCUGAUUGGCCUCUUUGCUUCAGACACAGAAAAUGGAGAGAAUUUCAUGAGGAUUUUUCCUCCUAUGCUUGUCAGGAGUGGAAUUUGUGUGGUUAUAUCACAACUGUUCUCAACAACUGGAUACACAACAGCCCUCAGGGAGCCCCUCUCUAAGUGGAGACAAGUCAACGUCUUUGUUCACUUCAUAGAAUAUGAGUUCAUUUGGGGCAGAAUUCUUCCUUUCCAUUUGACAUUUAUGCAUCUGCCAAGACUCAUUGAAGGGAAAGUCUGGAUCCUCACAAAUUUUGUAGGGUAUAAAAUAAAUAAAUGCAGACUUCUCAAAUAUAUCCAUAGUAUUUGGAACUUUGGUUAUCUGUUAAAAAAUAGGCCAAAAGAUUCUGCUUUUGAACCCCAUUUCUUUGGGGGAGGAAAGUUUCAAGAUUAUUAUUUCCGCUGUUCUCUUUCAAAGAAAGUCUUUUCUGUCAAAGGCCGCAGAAGAUGCACCCAGAAAGCCCCACUGGAGACCCAGGAGAAAAGGAACAGAGGAAUGAUCCCAAAUUUUUAUCAGUAUUACAGUAUCAUGAAGACUCUGACCCAGACCUUGAAUGCUGCUUAUUCCUCCAGAUGGAGGAGGAGAAGGAAGGAGGGAGAAAAGAUCUUGGGGUCUCCAAGGCUGCAGCCGUGGCAGUUUCAUCCCUUUCUGGAGAAGAAUGAAUUUUGGAAUAUUUCCAACAUUGAAGUGUACUUGGACCAAAAUGGAGAGAUAACAGCAGAUCUGAGAAUUGACAGCUUGUUGGUUCUCCCCAAGGGGGGUAUCAGGGAAGAGAUUCUGGCAUAUUUUGAAAGACAGAGACUUACUAUCAACCAAGAUGCUCUUUCACAGCUAAAGUUGCUCAAUAAGUCUCUGCCUCAGUCCAAAUGUGUGGAAAGUUGCCAUCCUGGAUUUGUCAAGAGGGCUCGAGAAGGAGAGCCAGUUUGCUGCUAUGACUGCGUUCCUUGUCCAGAGGGGACCUUCUCCACUCAGGAAGAUACAGAAAAAUGCACCAAGUGUCCAGAUGAUAAAUACCCAAAUGAGGACAGAGUCCAAUGCACCCCCAAAGUUAUAACCUUCCUGUCUUAUGAAGAACAACUGGGCAUCAUCCUGGUCUCUUUUCCCCUAUUCUUCUUCCUAACCACAGAUCUUGUUUUAAUCACCUUCACUAAAUAUGGAGAAACUCUCCUUGUCAAAGCCAACAACUGGGACCUCUCCUACAUUCUCCUGGUCUCCCUCCUGCUUUGCUUCUUGUCUCCUCCUCUCUUCAUUGGUCAGCCAAAAAAAGCCACCUGCCUUCUCCGACAAACGGUUUUCAGCAUCAUCUUCUCAGUGGCCAUUUCUUCUCUCUUGGCCAAAACCAUCACGGUGGUGCUGGCCUUCCUGGCCACAAAACCAGGAAACCGAGUAAAGAGAUGGUUGGGGAAGAGCUUGGCCAACUCCAUCAUCCUUUCUUGUUCUGCUGUCCAAAUUCUCAUCUGCUCCACCUGGCUGGGAGUUUCUGCCCCCUUCCCUGACUCUGACCUCCACUCCCAGCCUGGAGAGAUCAUCCUGCAAUGCAACGAAGGGGCCGUUGUCAUGUUCUACGUCACCCUCAGCUACAUGGGCUUCCUGGCUAAACUGGUGUCAGGAGUGGGAUUCACAAUCUUCGAUCUGCCACCAGGGACAACAG